AUGGGCCUCUUCAAGUCUGCGACUAUUACCCUCCUCGCCGCUGGCGCUCACGCCCUCCCCCAGGCCGUGACCCAGACAGCUGAUGCCCCGGCGGCAGCAGAGACAUACACCGCGAAUCCCAACAUCGGCCCUGGCGGCUCCAACUUCAAGGAUUCAGCGCACUUCCGCAUCUACGCCGGUUCCGCCGAUGCCACCGCCCAAGCGAUCGACAUGCUCGAAGCAGCAUACGAAUGCUUCGUCGGAACGUUAAAGUGGCGAUCGCCUGGUCUUUCGUUCAACGAUGAGACUGAUUCUGGACCCAAGUAUAAAACUAACGUCUACACUGUUGGUGACUUGGGCAAUGCGGCGGGUGUGAUGCAUAGUGAUCAGGCAACGGGCAUGGCGUAUCUUGAGGUCGUUGAUCAGUACCUUGCCGUUCCGGGUGUUACCGUUCAUGAGUACGGUCAUGGAAUGCAUUAUCAUCAGAAAGCUUGGGUUGAUCAGGGUCGAACUGGUGCUUGGUGGGAGACUCUCGCCAACUGGGUGGCUGAUACAUACAAGACCUCCGACAUUUGCGCACCUGCGCGAAAGAACCAUAAUCAGGAGACUGCGCCCACCGAGAUCGAGCUUAAGAAGGUCCUCGGUGACUCUCACCAGGUCAUCGUCGAUGGAUCCGUUGAUACUGGUAAUUACUACCAAGCUUGGCCGUUCCUGGCUUACUUGACCUACAAUCCUGAUGACUUUACUGGUCUGGGCCAAGACACCAUUCGACAGCUUCAAUUGCAGUACGAGAAGGACAGCAACGAGACUCCUCUUCACACUCUUGCUCGCGUUUCGCAGAACGCUACUGUUGGUGAUAUCGUCGGUCGCUACUGGGCUCGCAUGGCCUACGUUGACAUCGGCCAUCCAACCGCCCAGGAAGUUUUCUUCCAGCAACGCGCUGAUAUCCCCUUCGCCAGCAUGGAAGCUGCCGGAACGGGAUCCUACAAGCCCAAAGCUGAUCGUCAACCUCGCUACAUGGGCGCCAACAUCAUUCCUCUCGAUGUCACGGGUACUUCACUCGAGGUCAAGGUUUCCGCUGAUGCUGAGUUCGUCGCCACUGUUGCUAUCUACCGUGAGGCUGGCAAGUCUUCUUACGUUACGCUCAAGAAUGGAGCUGGUACUGUUCCUGUUCAGGCUGGUGAUGAUGUCAGUGUUGUUGUUGCCAAUGCCCCUGCUAAGCCUAUCCUGUACGACGGCUUUGAUCUGAGUGCUGAGGUAUCUAAGGGUCUUGAUUACACUAUCAGCAUUACUGGUGCUACUGUCAAGGCCUAA